UAAUAUUUUUUCGUUGCCCAGACCUUGCAACCCCUUCAGCGCGGAAGCGGAGAAGCGGAGACCAGCCGCGCUGUUUCGCCGAUGGAGGACGAGCAGACGAGCAGGUUAUAUCGUGUACGGCGAACAGUAAUGGAGAUGCUGAGGGAUCGAGGUUAUCUGGUGGUGGACUUUGAAGUCAAGAUGACCAAGAUGGAGUUCAUUGACAAGUUUGGGCAACCCAUUAUGAGGGAGAACCUCACAAUCAACAAGGCCAAAAAGAGCGACCCCUCUGAUCAGAUUUAUGUCUUCUUCCCGACGGAUGAGAAGGUUGGUAUGAAACACAUAAAGAAAUAUGUUGAGUUGAUGAAGACAGAUAAUGUUCCCCGAGCAAUAUUAGUAGUUCAGCAGAAUUUGACUCCAUUUGCAAGAUCAUAUCUUUUAGAACUUGUUCCAAAAUUUCAUUUGGAAGUUUUUCAGGAGGCUGAGCUGCUGGUGAACAUUAAAGACCAUGUUCUUGUGCCAGAGCAUCAGGUGCUUACAAGUGAGGAAAAGAAAACUUUGUUGGAGCGUUAUACAUUGAAAGAAACUCAGCUCCCAAGAAUUCAAGUCAUAGAUCCAAUUGCAAGAUAUUACGGACUGAAGCGCAGUCAAGUUGUGAAGAUCAUCAGACCCAGCGAAACUGCAGGAAGAUAUGUCACUUACAGAUAUGUUGUAUGAGUUGUGGGUACUUUUAUAAAUAUAUCCAUAACACUAGCUGCCCGUCCUCUGUAUUGCAAACAUAUUUAAAACAUGCUUGUAUUGAAGUACAUUUAAUUAAACCGGAUUUCAAACAAUUUCCUGUUCCA